UGUUGGUAGAAAGAGGAGGGAGGCAGCCACGGAGGGCAGGCGCGCGCGCAAAGCAACGCAGAGGGGAAAAUGUCGCGCGGAUGCGUUCCCAAUCACGCGCAUGCGCGCUGAGGGUAGUCUGCCGGGACUGGCUUAUCCAAAAUGGCUGCUGCGAUGGAUGUAGAUACUCCGAGUGGGGCUAAUAGCGGUGCUGGCAAGAAGCGCUUUGAAGUAAAGAAGUGGAAUGCAGUUGCACUUUGGGCUUGGGACAUCGUAGUUGACAACUGUGCCAUUUGCAGAAAUCAUAUCAUGGAUCUAUGCAUAGAAUGUCAAGCUAACCAAGCAUCAGCUACCUCUGAAGAAUGCACUGUUGCAUGGGGUGUCUGUAAUCAUGCUUUCCACUUCCAUUGUAUCUCCCGCUGGCUUAAGACUCGGCAGGUGUGUCCAUUAGACAACCGAGAAUGGGAAUUCCAGAAGUAUGGACACUAGCAAGACAGAGGAGACCAUCAAGUUUGCUGUUCUGUCUAAGCGUUUCACCUUGUGAUUGGGUUAAUGGAGUCUGUGUAUCCUAAUUUACAUUAACCUUGCUUUUUGUUUUCACCUUAAAAUAGUUAUUGUGACUUGUAAUAAACAAAACAUGUUGGUC